AUUGACGCAAACCAAUGUCGCGAAAUGCGCGUGUUUGUGCCAAUGGGCCCGGGACCUACACGAUUCCCGGAAGCACGCCCACGGAUGUUUCUCGGCAUGCGAAGAUUCUUUCUUUAUCUUCUGGUGUCCUCGGCGCGUCCUUUGAGACUUCCUUUGCCAGUCGGGCCAGGGCAAGGAGCUGAGAGCGGAAUGCCCCCGCAUUUGUUGCCUAUGCCGGAAGUUUCUAGGCCUGUGCUUGUGGGCAACUGGCCCCAUGGGCGCAAGAUGCUUCGAGCCCCCAUUAUAGGGCGCGCCGCAGCCAUUUCAGUGUUCAGCUGCAGGGCAGGGCGCCUUUUACCAACGCCAUGUCGCGCAAGUACAUUGUGGGCGGCAACUGGAAAUGCAAUCCUGCAACUAUGAAGGAGGCCAACAGCCUCCUCAAGGAAUGGAAGAAGAGCCCGCCCCUCGUGGACCCGAGCAAGGUGGAUGUCGUGAUUUGCCCACCUGCUUUGUGGAUGAGCUCUUUGGGAGAGAGCAUUGAGGGCCUCGGCAUGAAGACCUGCGCGCAGAACGUGGGCAAGAACGAUGCUGGAGCCUUCACGGGUGAGUGGACAGCCGCCAAUCUUCAGGAUCUCGGCAUCACUUGGACCCUGGUGGGCCACUCGGAGCGCCGCACAAAGUACGGGGAGAAGGACGAGGAUUGUGCAGAGAAGGUGGCCAAGUGCCAGGAGGCGGGCCUGGGAGUGAUCCUGUGCAUUGGCGAGACGCUGGAUGAACGUGAGGGCGGCAAGACGGACGAGGUGAACAAGCGCCAGCUGGCGGCUGUGCUUCCCAAGGUGAAGGACUGGAGCAAGAUUGUCAUCGCAUAUGAGCCGGUGUGGGCCAUUGGCACCGGCAAGGUGGCCACCCCGGACCAGGCAGAAGAGACCCAGGCUGCCAUCCGGAACUACAUCAAGGGUGCCGUGAGUGCCGAUGUGGCGGACAAGUUGCAGAUCCAGUACGGUGGGAGUGUGACGCCUGACAACUGUGCGGAGCUCAUCACCAAGCCCAACAUCGACGGGUUCUUGGUGGGCGGCGCCUCUCUGAAGCCCACCUUCAUGGACAUCGUCUCCACCGUUGGCCCGUCCAAGAUGGUGGAUAUGUGGCCCAAAUUCGAGGAAAAGAUGAAAAAGGAAGGCUGCAAUGAGACCGCCAUCGCUGCCUUCAAGUACAACUAUGGUGUCCUCGUCUCCGGCGCCGACGUCAUGAUUCCAGAGAGCAAGCUUGACCCUGUGGACAAGCUGCCUGAGUAUGAGAAGCUCACAGAGAAGCCAGACCCUCGGCUGUUGAAGAAGACCCUCAUCCUCAAAUUGAACGGCGGGCUAGGCACUGGCAUGGGCUUGGACAGGGCGAAAUCUCUGCUGACGGUCACGGAGGGCAACACUUUCCUGGAUUUGAUUGCGCAGCAAGUGGCGUCCAUGAAGAAAGAUUUCAACACGGACCUCAAGUUCAUGCUAAUGAACUCCUUCUCCACGUCCAAGGACACCUUGGAAGCACUUUCCAAGUAUUCGGAUCUGGGUACUGGCUCUGACCUGGAGUUUGUGCAGAACAAGGCUCCCAAGGUUACAGCGAGCGACAUGAGCCCUGCGGACUGGUCGGCGGAAACGGCGCACGAGUGGUGCCCCCCGGGGCACGGAGACCUUUAUCCAGCUAUGCUCGGGAGCGGCACCCUCGAGAAGCUUCUGAAGAAAGGCUACCGAUACAUGUUUGUGUCCAACUCAGACAACUUGGGCGCAACCAUGGACCUCAAGAUCCUUACUCACUUUGUGCACUCGGGCGCGCCCUUCAUGAUGGAGGUGGCCGAGCGGACGGAUGCUGACAAGAAGGGCGGCCACCUUGCGGUGGACAAGGCAAGCGGCGGCCUGCUGCUGCGCGAGUCGGCCCAGUGUCCGGAUGAGGACGAGAAGGAGUUCCAGAACGUCGCCAAGUAUAAGUUUUUCAACACCAACAACCUGUGGGUGGACCUGGUUGCGCUGAAGCGCGAGUUCCGGAGGAACGACGGGGCUUUGCCCCUUCCUGUGAUGAAGAACUCCAAGACCGUGGACCCUCGGGACAAGGCCUCCACCAAGGUCCUGCAGCUGGAGACGGCCAUGGGCGCAGCCAUCCAGUGCUUCCAAGGUGCCAGUGCGCUAGUGAUUCCUCGCUCGCGCUUUGCGCCGGUGAAGACGACAAACGAUUUGCUGGCGCUGCGCUCUGACGCCUACAAGCUCACGGAGGACUUCAGAAUCGUCCUGGCUCCUGAGCGGGAGGGCGUUCCUCCCGAUGUCAAGCUGGACGGCAUGUACAAGUUCACCGAUGCCAUGGAGAAGCUCAUCCCAAAUGGGCCGCCAUCCCUGAUCAACUGCAAGAAGCUGGUGGUUGAAGGACCCGUAACCUUCGCCAAGGGCGUGGUCUUCAAGGGCACGGUGACGGUGAAGAAUGGCACCGGCUCAGAGAAGGAGCUGGCUGCAGGAGUUUACGAGGACAAGACAGUCGAACUAUGAUUUUGCGUGAGGCUCAGCUGCCUCUUUGUCACCAGGGCACAGGGCAAGAUGUUGCUGAAGUGGCCUUCCUCUUUGGUUGUCUCGUGGCACUAGGCCUCUCGGACGCGGCCAGUGCUGAAUAGUUUUCAGUAGGAAUUUCAUCAGGGGCGAGGGGAAAGCUUUGGGUCCUGACCACAAGUGCAGCUGUGGGAAUGCAGGCGCUUUCCCCUUGAGGAUCCCAAGCCCUCCCAGCCCCACGGACUUUUUGACACCAUGGGGUGUGGAGCACAGUGUGAGCACGCCUUUUGCGAGCAAUGCAGCUGCGGAUG